AUGGGGCCAGAACUGGUAAUCGCAGGGUGGCUUGCAUCUGCUGCAACAAGUCAGCUGCUUGGUUUGGCCAUCUCCUACAUAAAGGAGCGGCCCGUGUGGCUGAGCAUGAAGAAACAAUUGAAGAAGCUACAUGCCGCCCUUCAACGGAUCCAAGCAGUGGUGGAGAGGGUCAAGAAGUUGCAGGUCAUCAAUGGCUGUAACCCGGCAGAGGAAGCGUGGCUGUGGCAGCUGAAAGAUGCGAUGGAUGAGGCCAGGGAUGUGCUGGAUGAGUUGGAAUACUACAAGCUCAAGGAAAAAGUGAAGAGUCGAGGAAAAAAGGUGCGUCCCACUGCCUCUGAUCGCACUAAGAAAAUUAUCAGGUGUACCGCUUUUGCCUUUAAACAAGGUAGGCAUCUAAAGAAGAAGUUGAACAGAGCUGUCAAAAAUCUAGAUCAUGUUGCUGAUUCUGCUGGAGAUUUCCUUAAACUUCAUGAUCUGUUAAACGAACAAGGAGCAAGGAGGCAGCAGAUUGUACCUCCCGAGAGUGGCUGCUUGGUGACUGAAGACAAGGUGUUUGGGCGAGAAAAAGAGAUGACAAAGAUAGUUGGGUGGUUGAAGAUGCCUGAAAGCUGUGAGCAUGGGUCCAAUGUUAAGAAUGUCGUAGUUCUCCCAAUAGUUGGUGCGGCUGGGAUGGGAAAGACUACUCUAGCACAACAUGUCUACAGGGAAGGCAAAGGGAGUUUUGACCUCAGCAUGCGGGUCUGUGUUUCCAAUAAUUUUGAUGCGGCUGGCAUAAUGAAAAAGAUCGUUCGGGCUGCAACCAGAACAAACCCUCAAGCUGAAGAACUGAGUACACUUCAAGAGAUUCUUACAGAGAAGCUAGAGUCCAGUAAAUUUCUGUUAGUCUUGGAUGACGUGUGGAAUGAUGAUGAUAGGAAGAAAUGGGAGGAUCUGGUGGCUCCUUUGAAAAAGGGGAAGCAGGGAAGCAAGAUCUUGUUAACAACUAGAAUGAAUUUAGUUGAAGAAAUGAUUGUAAAGAGGCAUGCAUUUGCUGGUGUGAACCCUGAUGAUCAUGGAAAACUUCAACGGAUUGGCGACCAAAUAGCGAAGAAGCUAUGGGGGUCUCCUUUGGGGGCAAAAGUUGUGGGAGGAAUGUUGAAUUCUAACUUGAACUUUGAGUUUUGGAAAGAGGUCUUGGAAAAUGGCGUUUUCAAUUCAAUACAGAAUGAGGACUUCCAGCCAGUACUGAGAUUUAGUUACAUUCAGUUUUCACCACAGCUACAGCGUUGUUUUAGAUACUGUAGUAUAUUUCCCCAAGACUAUCUGUUUGAAAGGGAUGAGUUGGUCCGUAUGUGGAUGGCCGCAGGAUGGGAUGUUAUGGUUAAUAAGGUGCUCAAAGGAUUCAAAAACUUGAGGGUUCUGAAAUUAGAGUCAUCUGCCACAUGCAAGCACAGGUCUCUGAAUGCAAUUGGUGAUCUAAAACACCUCCGAUACUUGCAUCUUGACAAGAUUGUUGAUACAACUCCAUUGACUAAAUCAGUGUACAAGCUCUAUCACCUGCAGACCAUGAUUGUUCUAUGCUUGGAUCCUUCUACAAAAAGAAUAGGUGAAGGCAUGAAAAGCCUGAUUAACUUGCGACAUCUGAUCCUACCGUCGGUAGCAAUUCCCACAAUAGCUAAGAUUGGAAAACUUACUUCCCUCCAGGAGUUGGACAAAUUCCAUGUCAGGGAGGGGAAUGGCUGCAAGAUAGGUGAGUUAAAGCACUUGAGGGAGCUCCGUGGCGAGCUACACAUCAAGAAUCUUGAGAAUGUGAGAAGCUGUGAAGAUGCUAGGGAGGCUGAGUUGCAUAAUAAAGAGCAUCUCCGCACACUAGUGCUGCAAUGGGAUACAAAUUCGAGUAGCACUUCUGAGGUGGCAGCAAAUGUAAUUGAUGGCCUCCGACCCCAUUUUUGCCUUGCAGAUCUGAAAAUUAUUGGCUACAGUGGUGCUUGUCCUCCAUGUUGGUUGGAAACUCGGUAUCUCGCCAUGCUAGAAUCCAUUACUUUGAGCAAUUGCAAAGAGUUGGAACUCCUCCCACCCCUUGAAGAGCUGCCUUUCCUCAAGUUUCUAUUGAAAUAG